GCAACUGAAAGAGAGAGGGAGAGAAAGAAGGCACAAGAAGCCUGUAGUUCUUGAUAAUGCGGACUGGAAUAACAGAGCGAUGACCUGACAUCAUAGGAACAUAUCUGAUUUGCUUCACAUUCUAUAAAAACAGGUCUGUGGAAGAGGAGGGAACAAGCUGGAGGUGGAACUAAAGUGACAAGCAACAGUGGAUAGAGGGAAACGAGCUUACUGUACGCACACUUCCCAGAGUGGCACCAACACAUGGACAGUCAGACAAGAUGACCUCUCUUUGGUGUCUUGGUGUUCUGCUUGUCCUCCUGCUCCUCCACCAGGCCCACGGUGAGGAGCCGGAGCCGGAGCCCGUGUUCAGAGCGAAGGGCAGCGUGAUCGAGAUAGGGUAUUGUUUCGGGGUGGAUUACAUUGCCGUUUACAGAUCUUUUCCGGAGGGAGACCAACUACUCGGAAACUCCUCAGCCAACAACACGGCCGGCACACCUCCUGCAGACCUGCAGGAUCGUGCCCGCCUCAGCCAGCAUCAUCACCUGCUCGGGCUGCAGAUCAGAAAUCUCACACGAAUGGACUCGGGGAUGUACAGACGGGAAUGCUGGCAGAACCAGAAGCUUGUCAGCCAGCUCACGCAGCAGCUCUCUGUUUGCGACGAGGAGGUUGAAUCGGAGGAGAUCGUUGUGAAGGAGGGAGCUGCGGCGGUUGAGCUUCGGUGCAACAGCACUUCCUCAGGUCUGGAGGGAACCUCUGUGCACUGGUACCAUGAAAUGUAUCCGUUCUAUAAGCUCACGCGCUUCCUCGACAGCAGCGUUUCACUGGAGCCUCUGGUGGAGGAGAUGAAGGGUGUCGUGGAGGUCAGAGACGGAGGGGCUCUGCUCGUGCUUGACAACAGAGUGCUGAAGAAAAGUCAGCACUUUCACUGUCUUGUGGUCGAAGGUAAGAAUUGCCUCAGUUUCCAAAACAUGUAUUUACCAGACCACACUGAGAGCAAGGACAUUUUUGCCUCACAAGGCGACAGAGUGGUGCUGAAGUGCCCCUCUGACGGUAACAACCAGCAAUGGGACACACCGCUGGGAAAGAUCAAUGGCAGCAGCACGAGGAACAGUCAGGUGUCCAUUUCGGUUGGUGACGAAUCAGGCGACUUCUCGCUGAUCAUUUCUGCAGUCACCGAUGAGCAUAGCGGGGAAUAUUCGUGCAUCUCCUCUUCACUCGAGCUGCAGUACUUGCUGGUACUUUGCCCCAAAAAGAAAAUGCAAGACAAAGUUGAUUUCGAAGGCGGGAACUUCUCGCUGGAAUGCAAAGUGAGCCAAGAUGAUUCCCACAGGGUGCAGUGGUACCACACCGACACGUCAGGGGAAUACAAACUUAUCCAUGACUCAAACGACAAGACUGUUCCCGGCCUGGAGGAUCCGAUGGGCAGGGUGACUGUGUACAACAACGGAUCCUUGCUCACAAUCUCCAGCGUGGAGAUGAAAGAUGCAGGGGUGUACUGGUGUGUUGUCUUAGCCGCCGGGGGCCCCAUCUUCCUGGAGGAUGAUGAUUUCAAAUAUGACUAUAAUGGGGAAGACACAGAGGUUGAUGAAUACGGUGAUGAGCCGUACUGGGACAGCACACACAGGUGCAUUCUUAAACAGGAGACCGUCGUGACACUAAUCAAGUCUGCGACCUUUGAACCAGGGACCAGAAACCUUGACGCCAGCCCCACAGCUGACCCGUCGGCAGCCUCCAAUGUUGCGGCCUAUGCGGCGGGGGCAGGAGUGGCGGCGCUGGUGCUGGUGGUUGGAGCGAUCGCUGCGGGGAUUGCAGUCAAGAAAAGAAGGGCAACAUCUCGACUAAAUGCGGACAAGGGCAUUAACCUGAAUGAGGAUCCCCGUUGUACCCAGGGGUUAACCAGUGAUGAAUGUGGUGCUUAACAGCUUUUCCCGAAGUAGCUUCAGCGUUUUACAUCCAAUUGACAUUAACUGUGCCACGAAACAUGUCCACAAAUCAUGUCUCUGUCCAACUGUUUUCCCCAGUUAGCGCAUAUGAAAUGGUCGUAUUUCUACUUUAACUUUUGUGCUUAUGCUGCCUUCCUUCUCUUAAUCUUAGGUGCUAAUGACUAAUGCUGGAGUGGAAACUAUUAAAAUGUUGUUUUUGCUUUCACUUUUCCAUUUUUAGCCUGUGACUGAAAGUCGUCCACAUUCCCCAUUGCUGUCCUUCCACAAAGUGUCUCUUCCGUUUUUAAAUGGACGAUGUCGUGUCCUUCAGUGCGAGCCAUGUACACAAUGUCUCGGACUUAUCUGAUGGUAUGGCUGUGGUGUGUCAGUGAGUGAUGACUAAAGAAACCUGUCGGGUUUCUCUGCUGUCAACAGAUUGUUCGGUGCCAAUAAGGCUGAGCGACACUGCCAGAAAGUACCCAAAGCUCCGCUGCCAUCCCAUUGUGCUGUGCAGCACAUGGAAGUAACGAGGGGCAACUGCAGAGAGACGGUUCAUGUUAAUGUUAUUGGCACGGCUCCGAAAACUUUGUUCAGAGGAAUGUUUAUGUUUCUGUGUCAUGUUUCUGUGCACCAGAUACUGUAAACGGCAAAUUUAAUAAUUGCUCCUUUUUGGUCUUCACACUUUCCUGGUAGAAAUAUCUGGCUCUUUAGCUACCACAUUUUCCAAAUGUACAAAAAAAAUAAAAUAUAUCUAUAUAUAUAUAUAUAUAUCUAUCUAUAUAUAUAUAGAUAUAUAUAUAGAUAUAUGAAAAGCCAAAGAGAAAAUCAAUGGUAAGAACUCAAGCUGUCACUUCUAUUUUGAUAAUUCCAAAAGGCUGCAUGCAAUGUGCAUUCUGACAAUGAAAGACAGACUGAACAAAUAAACACUGCACACGACAAAUGCACAUGUUUAAGUGUCUGACAUCUCUGUUGUGCAUGCUCUCUAUACCUUAAGCUAUCUCAUCCAACACUACACACAUUAACUACACGGAAAUCAAUAUCUGCUGUGGCUGCGUACUGAGCAAGUUAAGCAGCAGUCCGCCGCAGAGUGAAGAUAUUGAUCCCAUAUCGCAGUUUGUGUUUGCAAAACACAAAAUGGGAUACAGUGUAUGAAGUGAUUAUAUGCGUUGCUAACUGGCUGACUGUGUGAGGGGUGUGCAGUCUUAUGUUUUCACAAAAUAUGAGCAGCCACCACUGUGUCCGGGUGUCGUUGGUGUCACACUCGGGGAGACUGAGGCGCUGCUUCAAGUCUCUUUUGUAACAAGCUCACACGAAUCUGAAUAAAUAUUUUUAAACCAGAA